UCAUCUAACAAGUUCAGAACGAAUCUGGUGGAGUUGAGUAUACAUACAUACGAUAAGAGCACUUUGUCCGUAUAUUUUCUUUCGAACUUGACCUCGCUAGUUGAUCGAAGUUAGUCUUCUUAAUGGUUGUUCUCUAAUAAUUCAAUUUUAUUAACCGAACUUUUUUAAAAGAAACAUUAGUUAAAAAUGGCUGUGGCUGUCAGGACAUUUUCAAAAUUCACAGUCAGAAAUUGUGGAAGUCUUUUAGGUUCUCAAAUAAGAUUUAAUUAUACAGCUACUAGAAAAAAUUUAAAAAUUGAUUCCAGUACCAAAGUAAUAUGUCAAGGUUUUACUGGUAAACAAGGAACGUUUCAUUGCAAACAGGCCAUUGAGUAUGGUACUAAAAUAGUAGGCGGUGUUAGUCCCAAGAAGGCUGGCACAGAACAUCUUGGAAAACCAGUUUAUAAAACUGUGAAAGAGGCUAAGGAAGCCACAGGUGCCACAGCUACUGUUAUCUAUGUUCCUCCACCAGCAGCAGCAUCGGCUAUCAUGGAAGCUAUAGAGGCUGAAAUGCCAUUAAUUGUAUGUAUUACUGAAGGUAUUCCACAACACGACAUGGUGAAAGUUAAAAGACGACUGUUAGAGCAAACCAAAUCGCGUUUAAUUGGACCAAAUUGUCCUGGAAUAAUAGCUCCAGAACAGUGUAAAAUAGGCAUUAUGCCAGGCCAUAUACAUCAAAAAGGAAAAGUUGGUAUUGUAUCAAGAUCUGGUACUUUAACAUACGAGGCUGUGAAUCAAACCACCCUUGCUGGUCUUGGGCAAACUCUUUGUGUUGGGAUUGGUGGCGAUCCCUUCAAUGGAACUGACUUUAUUGAUUGUUUGGAAGUAUUUCUUAAAGAUCCACAGUGUGAUGGUAUUAUAAUGAUUGGUGAAAUUGGUGGUAGUGCAGAAGAAUCAGCAGCAGAAUACCUCAUUGAAAAUAACACUGGUGGUAAAGCUAAGCCAGUAGUGUCAUUCAUUGCUGGUAUCACUGCUCCUCCUGGACGACGAAUGGGACACGCUGGUGCAAUUAUUUCAGGAGGAAAAGGAGGCGCGCAGGAUAAAAUUAACGCACUAGAAAAGGCCGGUGUAAUAGUUACAAGGAGUCCUGCGCAAAUGGGAAAUGAACUCUUGAAAGAAAUGACACGUCUUGGCUUGGUGUGUAAUUAAAAAACACAUGUCGCUAUAUAUAUAUGUAGUUUGCCUCAUGUGGAUGUAUCUUCGUACAAUAAAUUUAAAGUAUAAAUAA